AUGCUGGUUUCGGGCAUUUCGCACAGCAGCAGCCCGUGCCGUUGCGCGUUGCGAGCCCGCAUUCGUUAAAAGGGCAGCCCCUUACACACAGAGAGAUGGCGUCGGGCCUGCGCCGGAGCUCGGGCGGCACUUGGCUGGAGGAGGACGAGGCCGACGACGCCGAGCCCACCUCGCCGCUCUCGGCCGCGACACCGGAGACGCCGGGCACGGAGGCGAGCCCGCAGACGCUGGACGACCGCCGCUACCGCGCGUCGAUCCAUGCGCUGGAGGCGGAGGUUGAUACUCUUCUGUCGCGCGCCGCGGGCCGGGGUGGCGCGAAAGCUAGACGGGACCGGGACCGCGAAUUAGUGAGGCGGUCCGACGCCAUGGAAGCGUUGCAACUCGAGAACGCGGAGCUGCGGAACGACCUGGAGGCCGCGGGGCGCGAGGUCGACCGGCUGCGGGCGGCGUGCGCAUCGGCCCAGUCCGACGCGGAGCGCUGCGCGCGCGCGGCAGCUAGAGCUGCGGAGCGCGCCGAGGCGAAUGAGCUAGAUGCGGCCGUCGCCGCGGCGCGGCGCGACGAGGCCGUGGGCGCGGUGAAGACACGGCACUGGGAGGAGUCGCAGCGGUUGGCUGAACAGCACGCCCAGGCCGUUUCAAUGUUAGAGGGGCGCCUCGAGGAAGAAAGGGAGAGACGCAUGGCCGCGGAUUUGAGGAACGAGUCCCUCAAGGCGGACCUGGAUCUGAUUAAAAAAGAGGCGUCGCAGUUGACUGAAAAGUGCGGCGCCCUAUCAAACCAACUCAAGGACGCCGAGUCCGAACGAGACGCGUGCAAGGACGAGGCCUCGCGGUCAUCAAAACACGCGGAGCGCAUGACCGCCGCCUUGGACGAGGCCGAGCGGCGCGCCACUCAUGCAGAAGCGGGCAACCAGCAAUCGAGAAGUGACGCCUUGAAAGCUGCGGCGGCCUCCGCGCAAGCGAGCGACGCAAAAACGACCGCCGAGGCCGCCGCGAAGCGCGCCGAGACCCAGCGCCGGUCCUUCGAGAAGCAACUAGCCUACGCCCGGAAGGAGGUCGAGAACGCGCGGCUGCGCGAGGAGGAGCAGCGCGAGCGCGUCGCCGAAUUAUCCCGGACGAACCGCGAGCUCAUUGCUGAGAGGAGAAAACUCGAAGCGCGCGAGGUCGACCUCGAGGCCCGCGAGAAGACUGUUGUUAAAAGAGAUGCAGCACGUCGGUUCCGAGGCUUGACCGAUCUAAAACCGAUGGAGGUCGCGGAGCUGCCGGAGGCCGCGCUCGGCGCGUGGCGGCGUAAGUAAU